CCGGUCACGGAUGAUGGAGACAGUCCCGCAAAUCAUAUGGUUUAUCAAGACAAGAGGAACUAUGGAAAAUUAGCUUUCUCGCAACUAUUGGCGAAGGGGGCGCAGCCCACUGGUCUUCAUUACCGCAACUUGGCGUCAAAAUUCUGGACUUUCGAUCAGACACACCCGCGCUUUUGCAUUGUCCCUCCGUCCGUAGCGCCGUCCGGACUCCGCGUCUCUAUUCGCCGCUUUUCCAUGGAUUUUAACGCUUUCUACGAGCCACUCAGAGCAUUGAGUGCGCUAUACAUCGAUUCUAAGCCAUCCCCCGCGCGUUUAGUCGCGUUUGGGAAGUUGACAGACCCCGCUCUUGGAUUAGAGCCGAUCACUGUGACUCGUUGGGGAUUCCCCCUUUCGAGCUCCCGAGAGAUUGUCAAGGAGGCUGUGCAGUGGGAGUAUGAUGCCAAUCCAUGUCGAUGGAACCACUCACACGACCGAAACCCCCUGCACCCACCAUAA